CCCCUGUAAAGCUGUCCAGCCGUGAAACCUCUCGUUCUCGUUAGCCUCCGCCGCCGCACCCUAACACAACACCACAGGCACGCAGGCGGCGAUGGCGGCGGCGAACGCGGGGGACGUGGAGGUGGUCGACUUCGACUCCGAUGACGACGACCUCAUGGACGACGACGCCCCCGAGGUCAACCCGGCCCCAGCCGCCCCCCGCCUGCGCUCCACCAUCGCCGCCGGCGGGGACUCCACCGCUGCCGCGCGCAAGACCAAGGGCCGCGGAUUUCGCGAGGAGCCUUCCUCCUCGCGCCCCCUAGCCGGCCGCGCCGAUUUCGACUCCCUCGGCUCCGACGACGGCCCUGGACCCCUCAGAUCUAUUGAGGGGUGGAUUAUUUUGGUAACCGGCGUCCAUGAAGAAGCACAGGAGGAUGACCUACAUAAUGCUUUCCGGGAAUUUGGGCAGGUCAAGAACCUGCACUUGAAUUUAGAUCGUCGUACUGGGUUUGUCAAAGGAUAUGCUUUGAUUGAAUAUGAGAGCUUUGACGAAGCCCAGGCUGCAAUAAAAGCAAUGGACGGAACUGAGCUUGUUACACAGAUAAUAAAUGUUGACUGGGCAUUUAGUAGUGGCCCAGUCAAGCGAAGAAAUGUUCGCAGGAGAUCAAGGAGCCCUGCCAGGAGGAGAUACUGAGCUUGCCUUCACCAUGUCAUAAGGGAGGACUUAUGUGAUGAAACCUGAGCUUGCUUUCUCUACAUUGUCAUAAGGAGAGCUUGUGUGAUGAAAAUUGUCUGUUUUCCAGGUUUUGCGCUUCCCGAUUUCGUGAGUUUAGUUUGACGCAUGAUGGUUUGCUUUUGGUUUCCAACUACUAUGUAGUAUGACUGUUGUAUCUCAUUUCGUGUUUCCUAUUAUUUUGGUGUACGUGGGUGUUUGUACAAACAUGCCAUGAGCACUAUGCCUCGGAUUGUAAUUGCGAUCUAUGUUACUCUGGAAUGGAUGCUUCGACGUUUAUGCUAUCUGUGA